AUGGGCUCUCCCUUUUAUCACAACAACAACAACAAGAGCGAGGACGGAGCGAUCCCCGAGCCUGGAGCGGUGAGGACGUCGAGAGUGAUCGUGGUCGUGAAGCGCGGCUGUUAUACGGCGUCACGACAAACAGCUGAGUGUUUUUUUAACUUUGACAAAGUCGCACCGAGGUCAGCGAGCUUCACAAUCCCUGGACUAAUGAAACGCUGA